CACCAAACCAAACCGCGACGGAGAACACGUCUAUUCAAAAACCAGGCAUCCAUUCCAAUAGAUAAAUCAGCAGUUGUUGACCACCUCCUUACUGUGUAUAUCCCAUCUCCCAUCACCCGUUGAAAUCGUCGCUCUGCCUUGGCAAUUGCCACUUGAUUUUUUUGCGCUCGCGGCCAGCUAAAUAACUUAGUUGCUGUAACUAUCCAUCGCCCGCCAGACUCGCAGCCACCACCGUUCGUCGCACUGGAAGAAGAUCCCGCUGUGGACACAGAGCAGAAGAACGUCUGUGGUCAAAAGAAGCUCUCGGCUGGCUCACCUUUACUUCUUCUUCGCUUAUCUAGGCCCUAUUUUACCCCAGGUACGUUGGUCCAUAACAGGCGAGAGGCUGCGGUGACUUGGCUUCUCGCUUGAGCUGCCCGUGCCUCUCUCCUCUGCCCCAAUCAAAUCGGCGUGUUUCGUUUCCCUCCGCUUCAUUGUCCCGUUUUCUCUGCUAUUCCUCCGUAGGGACUGUUGGGUCAUUAUUGGUGGUUUUCUCGUUGUUGUUCUUUUUUGCUGCCGAUUUUAAAUCAUGUCAACGCUGCCUGUUGCCACGGGCGAGGCGCAUUUCUCGCAUUUUCGCGACCGCGAGCUUGCCUCUUGCGCCCAUCGCUAUAGCUUGCAUCAUAAACUUACUGAUGGCUGCCCCAAUUCGAGCCCUAGAUGAUGCCUUUUCUCGUCUGCUUGAUGUCUCGUUGGUUUUUGUUUCGAGUCUAGGAUCCCAUGCGCUACAUAUUCAUCGGAUUUCGAUGAGUCCGCCAUCGUUUUCCCUCUCUCACCUUCCACCCUCCAUUCGAGUCCUAUCCUCCCGUUGAGAUCAAUGCGUGGUGCUAUUGCCGCACUAUAGGCUGUUGCGAUCGCACCUGUCGUGACUAGACAUACAACUGGGCUCCUCUACGGCAAGAGAGUGUUGUGUGCUUGCGGGUUCGGAGCAGAAUGCCAGAGACUGUGCCACCGCCCACAGGGCCCUCAACAACGGACACGGCUCCCCAAAAAGAAGCAGAACCAUCGCCAAAUCAUCAUAACCCAGCUGCCGCAGUAUCGGUGUCUUCUGUCACCAGCCAAAAUGUCGCACCUACAUCGAGUCCGCCCGUCAACUACUCGCCCUCAACCCAGCCGGCCCACGUACAACCUCCACCACCGCAGCCACCACAACAACAGCAGCAUAUGGAUCCCGUACAUCAGCUUCAGCAUUACCAGCCUCCAUCAGCGAAUUCGCAGGCGACAAUGAACCAGAACCAAUUAAGCCUACCUCCAAUUCAAUCAAUCGAGAACCAUCCCCAAAGUCACCAGAUUCCGCAGGCGCAUUCGCAAACGUCCAUCGGCUCUUCCGCAACCAAUGCUCCAAUGAACAUGCCUCCACCGAAUAUCCCCCAAUACUAUACCAUGGCUGGAACCAUUCUCAGUCCUGAUCUGUAUCCAAUGACGGGCGAACCAAACCGAGGUUUGUCAAGUGGUCGACACAAGAAGGAAGUAAAGCGACGGACGAAAACGGGUUGCCUUACCUGCAGGAAACGCCGAAUUAAGUGUGAUGAGCGACAUCCCGUUUGCAGGAAUUGCGAAAAAAGCAAGCGUGAUUGCCUUGGGUACGAUCCGGUGUUCCGACCGCAGCCGGGCACUUCAGCCCUGCAGCCUGCCCCCUCUCAACCAUCGGUACUAGUAUCUCCUCAAGGCACCCCCGUGUAUAUCAGUGCUCAGAAUUCCUUGUCCGGAGGGCAGUCCUUUGCGCAUCCGCCCUUACCGACAGCAAGCCCAUCAUCUUCUCCUUCAGUACAUCAGUUCGAUUACGGAACUGCAAUUGACCCUGCCUUGGAAGGAGUCGCGUCACACACCGGUACGCAUCACACUAGCGAAGGGGGUCAAACGCCAGCUUCGAUCAUGUAUGGGGCUGAGAACCUAGAAUUAAAACCUAUGAAGGUUGUAGAUCUCCUCUCCGUACGAGGGUACCUCUCUCCACCACCAGAAAUCACGACAAUCCCUGCACCGCGAGUAGAAGAAAUCAAGCUAGUCUACAUCUCGUAUGCCGUCGCUAUUGACAAGUUCCUCGAAUGCAACUGGUUCGAAACAAAGGGGAUGACCCAUCUCUUGGCAAAUCCCCGCCUUUUAUCAUACUACUCUGCCCUCUUAGAUGGCUUCAAUGACCGCAAUAUCCACGACCCUGCCGUUUUGGCGCGCGUUGAGAGUCUCGAAGCCUCUGUCAUCUGGGAAACAUUAACAUUAACCCGCGUCGCUCGUACCAAAGAACCAGACACGAACGGAAGUGGCACCACAACAAACACCACGGAUGUCGAACUCCUAUACGCUGUGAAGCGACUGGCCGUCUUCGAAGCCCUUGUAACCGGCACAUACCUCGAUACAAACCCAGUAAGCCUAGAUAGUUACCCAGAAUGUGACCCGGCACACAGACUCCCCGGCAUCGGCAACCAGAUAAAAGCCCGCGAGAUUGAUUUCUGGGAAUCCGUCGGCCGCUACCUUACCAUCCCUGAAGACGACCCGAAUGCCCAAAAACGAAAAGAGGAAGCCCUGACCACGUCUCGCAGGCUGCUGGAUACGUUUGAGAACCGCGAUGUGAUCUAUUCCAUCGCCAUUGUGCGGCACAUUGCUAAAUUCCAGCCGCGAAAGCUGAAGCAGACGACCGCCAGUACGGAUGAGAAGGAUGCUGCAGCCAAGUUGUAUGUUGCUGUUAGGUUCCUUGAGGAUGAGAGCCAUGGUAAGGGGACGAAUCAGGUUAUUAAACGGUUGUGUGGGAUGGUUGUUAAGUAUUGGGAGGAUUCGCCGGGGGCGUCGUGAUUAUGUUAUGAUCAUGGCUUCUUUUCCUCUUUUUCUCAAGUCAAACUAUAUGAAAAUGGGCUAUUCUCUCUUUUACUUUGGUUCUCGUCUCCUGUCCUAACUAUAAAUGAAAUGGCUGGGUUCUAUUUUCUUUCGUCGCACUUUGUGCGGUAUAUCAUUUGCUUAUUUUAUUCCUGCCAAAAUACCUACUGUCUUAUUCCACUAUCUUAUAUUGUUAUUUGUUUUUAUACGUCCUGUAUAACAGAAAGCAAUUGUUUUAACACAAAUGUUUUAGUGAUGAAUAUUUGAUUCUGAUUCCGCCCCUUUUUUUUACUUCUCCCUUGCCUUCCAUUUCCCUGGUACGCACAUACUUUAUUUCGUUGUGGGUUUCUCCAUCAAAUUCUACCCCAUCUUCCACCCUUCCCUCCUCUCUCGAUCCAUUUUUACUUUUUGGUUAAUCAAGACUAAAAACAAGCAUGGCAGCAAAAGCGGGCCUUCUUCUUUUUGUGUUUGUUGUCUUUCUUUUCUUCUUGGAGACUAAUGUGUAGCGAAUGGGAAGGCCAGGGCCGGACUGGCACUGGACCUGGACCUAUCUGCCUCCAUUCUCUCUCUUCUGCAAUAUCGAUUUUUAUUUUAUAAAUAUAUUAUUAUUACCUUUUGGCUUAAUAGCAAUUGGUAGACCUAGAUAUGUUUACUGUCCCAGUUACGGCGCGCGGACGGAAUAUGUAAGGAUUGGUUUGACGGAAUCUUUCACCGUGUCGGUUCGCGAUGUUUACUCAUACUCACAACAGCUAGUCAUUUUCCAUGGCCUAUUUUUAAUUUUUGGACUGCACAAUAGGAAGAAAAGAUGUGGUGGAGAAUCAGAAAAUGGCUGUGAUGUAUAGAAGUUUGAAGUUUCUUUUUCUUUUUCUUUAUGUUCUUUUAUUUUCUUUUUUGUUUUCUUCUCUUUUCUUUUGUUUUUUUCCAGCGCAGUCGGCGCGAACACACAAAAAGAGCAUUGGGCAACAAUUAUGCAUAUGCACAUAACACGUCCGUGCAUGCGUGGUGUACGUACGAUUGCCGUUGUAUAUCUAGACAUAAAUUUACUAA